CAGCCAUGAGAUACGUAAAACGAGAUUUAAGUUUGUUUUUUCCAUAAUUCAACGAUUACUCGUCGAAUUAGAUGGAAAUUUUGUGUGAGACUGGGUUGCUCGCGUGCUGCCACAAAUAAAUAUGAAAGUGAGGAUACGCGAUAAAAAUGGUAUCGUGCACGGAGUGGCGGGAGAAUGCAAGUAAAUAAAAUAUCAGAUCAGCUGAUGAGUGACAACAGACAGACGAAGGCCCAUUGUUCUUGUUCUUGGUUAUGGCGACAAGCAGUUCUGAUGGAUCUUGUACAGCACCUGCAGAUUUUCAGCUUUCAUCAGAGCUGGAAGACGUCUCGACUCGUUUAAGCGUGAAUUUAUUAAAGUGUCCACUGUGCCAUAAUAGCCGUCGAAUUUUUUACUGUCGACAGUGUAUUCAAAAUGGUGAUUUUAUUCAUUCAACUUCUGUUUAUUCCGAACGAUUUGCAGAUAAACAAUUGCGACUUUUACGGCUGAAAGCUGCUAGAGCUCAAUUGGAAGAAAAAUGUGUGAAAGCUCUUGAAAAGCACAAACAACGGGAUAAACUGAUAUGUGAUAUAAAUACUUGUAAAGAAAGAGUGAGGCUGCUCCAAUCGUUGGUGAAUGAAAGUAGACAAAGUAUAAGCAGAGGUAAUCAACGUUUGAAUAUUCUCAAAGAUGUAAACUCUCAGUUAGCACUUAGAUUACCUAGACAUGAAGAAAGGGUAGAAAAGUUACAUAGAUAUGUCACUGGUUUGAGAGCAAAACAAGAAAAACAAAAAGAGGCAGUAGAUAGAAAAAGACAACAAUUGAAAAAAAUCAUCAGAACUGCUGCAAAACAAUUGAUUCAAUAUAUCUUUCCUUUAUCUAAAGUUCAACCUAACAGAAGUUUAUGUAGCAGUGAGGAAGACACUAGUUCAGAUGUUGUAACUUGUGCAUUGGCAGAUGCAUCUGGAACAUCAUAUGUUAGAGGCAGAUGGAUUAAUGAUACAGAAAAUGCUUUAGAAAUUCAGCACCGUAUAGUUGCUCCUACAUUGCCAGGAACUGGUGAUUAUAGGGCUUAUUCUUUAUGGGUGGCAGCAAACAAAGAUGGAGUGCCAGGUGCAAAUAAAGAAAAUGCAAUCCACAAUCCAGCAUACAAUAUCAGUGCUGCUUUAACUUAUGCUACACAAUUGGUUAAUAUUAUUGCCUAUUAUGUUAAUGUAAGACUACCAUAUAAACUCGCUUAUGGUGAAUUUUGUGGAAAUGAGAUGUCGGAUCAAAAAUUCGCAAGAAAAGUAGCAAGGCUCAAUAACAAUGUGUUACAUUUAUGUUUUACGCAAAAUACUAAUGUCACAGUUUUACAUCCAAUGCAUACUUUACAAAAUCUAAUGCACUUGCUCAAUACUGAAAUCAGUGAUCUUGGGAGAAUUGGUCCAAUGGAAGUUGAUUCAAAUAUUGUAGCACAACUGCACAGUCAAUUAGUUCCAGAUUUAGAAAAUAGCGACGAUUCUGCUUCCGACGAAGAGGAAGAUGCUUUUAAUUGGGAAUGGGAAGCUGUACCGAAUGUUGCUUGUCCUGAAAUGGCAGUUCCCAUCCCUGGUGCAAUGAUUAGUCAACAAUCCUCUAGUAUGCAAGUGAAUCAGAGUGUUGCUGGUGGUUUAGUAACAAGUGCUGCGGCAAGCAUAGCCUCCAUUUGGCGUGGAUGGACGACUAACAAAUAAACUGCAUCAUUCAACUAGCAAACUUCUUUUUAUACAAACUGUAAUUACAUAUGUAAAAACAUAUGUACCGAAAGACACAAACAUUGACGAUGCUUUAAAACAUUCAAAAUAUUGUGUCUAGGGAGGUGGGUGUUAAUGUACUGUAAAUAUAUGUAUGAAUUCAUUGAUUUGUGUAUGACACAUGAAAUAGUUCAAUUCAGCUAUGGAAGGUUUCGUGAGAUCUGAUAAUUAGUUUAUUUUCAACCAUUUAUGUAAUAUAUUGAUUUGUGUUGUUAUUUGUAAUAUAAUUCCAAACACUGAAUACACUCUCGUGAUAGAGAUACAGGUCAUAAUUCUUUGGUACAAAUUUUUCAAUGUACAAUAUAAUACGCUACAUUUUCAUUAUUUACCUGUGAAUAUAAUUCAUUAACAAGAUACAUAUAUACAUGAGUUUGAAAUGACUGCCUUUUUUACGAUUGUCGCACUUCGUAUGAUUAUGUAUCUGUAGCGUACAUACAAAAUGCAUUGCGUCAAAGGUGUCAUCGCUACCAUUGCAACGCGUUGUCCAUGUACUUCAAAGUUAUCAACAUCUUUUAUAGAACUCAUAAUUGUUAAUCUAAAAAUUUAGUCUGUUUAAUGGUCUGUACAAACAAUUAAUUAUCAACGUAUUCGAUGCCUAUGUUUGAGUUCUCUUGAUAACUCAUAAAUAUUAUAUAGAAUAACAUUUAAUAAUGUCUAAGAGAAUAAUUAAUAAUCUAUUAUUUUAAUUUCAAGGAAAUAAGGGAUUAUAAAAACAUUAGUUUGUAAUACCUUGACCUAUUUUUUGAAACUUGUAGAUAAUACGAAUUGAUCUUGUAAAGUUUUUACGAUACCCCAUCUAUUCGAAAUUAAAAUAAGAUAUUCACUAUUUUCUUAUAUAAUAUUUAAGGUUAUUUUAGAUAACCUUUAUGAGUUAUGAACAGAAUCCAAACCUUGAGAUCGAAAAUGGUAAUAUUUGUUUGUUUACAUAGACUUAUAAAUAAACUAAACGUUUUUACAUAACGUUCCAAAUUUCAUAUCACUUUGUUUUCCCACAAAAUGUGCAAUCAAAUAAGUCAAGUAAUAAACUUGCUACUUAAAGACUACUUAUCUUAAUGUAUUUCACGAGCGUUGCAAUAUUUCUUACGUAUCUACGAAUGUCAUUAUUCUUGUGUAGGCAUGACCAUACCAUGUUUCGUGUAUAUUUUUGAUCGUAUACUAUAGAAAUAAGACAUGUUAAACACUUCAUACCUGACAAUAUACAACAUGAACAUAAGGAAGGUUGUAUUAUGUUAAUCACUUUCGAUCAUAUUUAAAUAAAAUUAAGAAUAACAUGUAUGGCAUCAAAAGAAUUUUGUAUUUAAAACGUUGUUAAAGUCGUUAUGUAGAUACAAUAAGAAAUAAAAAGAUAGUACAUACAUAUAUAUAUUACUAUUACAGCACGAAUGCAUUGAUAUAAUGUACUCGCACGAUAAAAUAAUUAUUUUUAAAAAGUGAUAUAUAAUUUCUACAGAAAAUAGAAUUUUCCUAAACACAUUUCAUUUAAUUAUAUUGCAAUAAUUUAAAAUGUUUGAUACGUAUGUGUAUUGUAUAAUUAUAUGUAGAAAUGAAGUGUUCGUUAUUUUAUCAAUUACGUACUUUGUUUGCAAUGCACAUGUUACGAAAAAAUUAGUUAAAUUUCCGCACUUAACAAACGUUAAUCUUCGAUUCCACAUAAUCAUGUAAUAGAUAAUGAAUAUUGUAUUCGUUAAUAGUUAAAUAUAACAUAAUUAUGAUGACAAUUUACUAAUAAGUAUAGUAAUACAUUUUAUUUGAUUAAUAUUCUUUUUCUUGCAUAUGAAACAUCACAAAAAAAAAUUAUCGAAUCAAAUUAUUCCUUGUAAUCGUUAAGCUUAGAUUACAAUGAAACAUAAAAUUAUCUCCUAUGCGAACGAGUAGAAUUAUGUAUAAUUACAUUUCAUUAGGUACUUUUAAAUACAUAUGUCCGGUUAAAAAAAUAAAAUAUAGUGUUUUAUAAAAUAUAUUGUACGGACAAAUUGAUUUUAUGGAAUAAUAAUUGAAUUAUAGUACAUGAUGUUAAAUAUAAAUUAAAAUUUCUAUGCUAACUAGCACAAAUUUGUAAAUAUUAUUUAAUAGGUAUAUUUUGAUGCAAUUGCCGUUAAUUAUAGCAAUAAGGAAAUUCAAUAGCACAUUAGAUUUAAAUGUGCUGUAGGAACUGUAAACCUAGUUCUUAACAUUUAAUUUGAAUAAUACUUGCGAAAGUAUAUACGAAAUAUUUUUAGUUAGUACAGUAAGUAAUUGUAAAUAUAAAUGAAUGAUAUACAGUUUAUAUAUUAUGUAAAAUGGCUAUGU